UUCCCUUCUCUCUCUCGUUCUCCUCGUCGUCUCUCUCUCUCUCUCUCUGUUUCUUCCACAUCGGCGGAGAGAAGAGAAAGCUCAACUCGCUCACCAAUCCCUUACUCGGUACGCCGCACCGACCUCCGCAAUCGCCGCCGAAACAGAGCCAUUCAACAUGCCUGCGCACAAGCGGCCUCUGCUUCCAGACAAUCUAAGCAAUGAAGACCCCGAACAAGAAAACCACCAGCAGCAUAGCAAGCAAUCACAACCUGAAGAUCCAGAACUUGAAGAGAAGCCACAGGAACGGGAAGAAGAGGAGGAGGAGGAGGAGGAGGGAGAGGCAGACCGAGUGGAAGAACUUGAAGAAGAAGGAGCAGAGUCUGAAGCUGAGAGUGAAUCUUCAAGUUCUGAAGAAAAACCAGAAUUUGUCUAUGUGGAGCUGCCAGACAUUCGUAAAGAUGUGCAAUGCCCCAUUUGUCUUGGGAUCAUAAGGAAAACACGAACUGUGAUGGAGUGCCUGCACCGCUUUUGCAGGGAAUGCAUUGACAAGUCAAUGCGGUUGGGGAACAAUGAGUGUCCUGCUUGCCGCACGCAUUGUGCAAGCCGGCGUUCUUUGAGAGAUGAUCCAAAUUUUGAUGCCCUAAUUGCAGUUUUGUAUCCUGAUAUCGAUAAAUAUGAGCAGCAGGAAUUUGCUUUCCAAGAGGAGGAUGAGAACCGAAAUAAGCAGAUUCAAGCUUCAAUUGCUGAAAUAUUUCAACGGCAAUCAGAAGCACUGGUUAGAAAACGCCCACUGGGUAAAGAAGCAGGAGGUCCUUUGAUGACAAGGCCACAACGUAGUACUCGGACUUUAUUUUCAAGAAGGAGACGGAACACUAGAGGCGCUGAGCCUCAGGCCUCUGAAGAUAAUGAGGAUGGAAAUGAAGAUAAUGGAGGCAAGGAUUCAUCUUCCGCUGAUGAGCACUCAGUCUCCGUCGAAAUAAGGCCGAGAAGGCGCAAGAGAAGGACUGCACCGCGGUCUUUCCACCCGACUUCAUCAGCAAUCAAACCAGAUGGCGGGGGUGCUGAAAAUGAUUUAAUAGGGAACAGGGAGAAAAGGGGACCAUCUCCUGGGCUUGUGUGGAACACAGAAAUGCUUGCUUGGGGCAGAGGUGGUCUUAGAAGUAACACACGGCAUGGAAAUGCUGGUGGCGGCAACAAUAGAAAUUCUCAAAGCAAUCGCUUGUCGAAGCUCGUGGAACAUCUCCGGGGCACUGAGGAAAAUGAUGAUGAGUUAAAUGUUCAUCUCAUGCUUGUUUCUUUGGACAAACAAAGUAUGCCAAGUUUGCAACGGCCAUACCUUUGCUGUCGACCAAGCGUGUCAGUUAAACAACUAUGUGAUUAUGUUGCUCACCGAACAGAACUGCAGUCUGAAGAAGUUGAAAUAUUAGUAAAAGGGUAUCUAAGUGAUGGUGAGAACCGAUCCACUCCAAAUCCUUCGAGCUCCAUUGAUGAUGAGAUGAAAGUUUUGGAGGGGAAAGAUACGUUGGUAAAGAUUAAAGACAAGUGGCCAUACAGUAGGCAUGGUUUGGUUCUUACAUAUCGCCAGAAAGCGAGUAGUUAGACAAACUCAUUAGCUGAUGGAAAUUGAGAGCUACAUGUAAAUAUACUCAGGAUCUUGAAUUGUCUACUACUCUACUCAAAGCAUUGAUACAGUUGCCUUCUUUUCCUACUGAAAGUCAAAAGCAAAGUGUUGAUACAGCUUUCUUCUUGACAACAUAUUUGGAUAUGGUGUGUUAAUUUAUGAAUUUUUAUUUCAACACUGAGGAAUUCAUUUCAUAAGGUACUUACUUAACAUGUUAAUGCUGCUUUUCUGUGGAUUCCUUUAUUUACAAACAAUGUUGCAUUCUAUGUAAGUUCAUUUAUGAAUUCCUAUAUUGGGCAUGUUGCAAUCACCAGCUAAUGGUAGCUGAAAGUUGAAGAUCAUGUUUCUGACUUCACAUUGAUGUAUUGGGAUAUGCUAUUUCCACUUUGAUCCUUGCAUGAAUAAUGUUUGCUCA